UUUAUUAUUGGUUAGUUAAGUGGCCAUCUUGUAUGGGCGAUAUUAUGAUAGUAUACUGGCUGAGUGUAAUAUAUUGAAAAUCAUUUCAUUAGUAAUAUUAUUAUUAAGAAUUUCAUCUACCAAAUGGAGGCAGUAAUUGCUCCUGAAGAUCACGAAACAAGAACCAUUAUUGACAAGUUGGCAUCUUUUGUUGCUCGAAAUGGCCCUGAGUUUGAGCAAAUGACAAAAGAGAAACAGCGUGAAAAUUCAAAAUUUCAGUUUUUAUUUGGAGGCGAGCAUUAUCAAUAUUACCAAUUCAGAGUAAACGUCGAAAGAGCUACAGUUCUAAAAAAUUCUAUAUCCCACGCUCAACCUAACUGGCAACAACCGAACAUCCUAAAUCAGCAAGUUGGCUCAUUACAAGAACAAAUUCAUCAAAUGGAAGAGAAACAUUUAGAAAAAAUAAAAGAAAGUGAACACAACUUGCAUGCACAAUAUCAGAGUUUAACUCAGCAACAACAGCUUCAAAUCGUCGAACUUAUAGAAAAAUCGGAAGCUGAUCAAUUGAGGGGACGUUGUGAACAAUGCGGGAUAAUGAACAAACAAGCAACGUUCGAAUGCCGUUUACAUUUGAUUUAUUUAAUGAAUGACUUAUUGCAUAGUUGUUUUAAGAAAAAUCCGGAAAAUUCCGAACAUAUAAAGUCAGCAAUUCAGUCAGUACUUGUACCCGCUUUCUGUACUACCUUUCUGUCAUGUUCUAAUGAUGAACAAAAAAUGAAGCUAACUAAGUUGUUAACUAUCUGGAGAAACAAUAAUUACUUUGAUAUUGGAUUCUUGGAUCAAUUAAACGAACCGCAGCAGGCCAUUACAGGAUAUCAAACAUCUUUGAUGACAAGACACAAUGAUAUUGUGAAUACAGUCAGCCAAACUAUCAAUGAACAGUAUAGUAAAUUACAAAGUCAACACCAACAGUACGCUGAACACUUAAAAAAUCAGUUGCAAACAAAGCGAAACGAAUUGGAACACCUACAAUUAGAGUUAACUCAACAGCAGCAACAAAAUAUACCUCAGGUUUCUGUGCCGAUGAGCAUUGCUCAUUCGCAGGUUCCGCCGCCUCUUCCAGUUAUGCACAAUCAGCCAAAUUUGAGUAUACCGCCACCACAGUUUGGUAUAAAUCAACCUCCUGCGAAUAUCAUACAACCAGAUUUCAAUCAGCCGCUUCCAAAUUAUGUAGGACCACCUAGUUUUAACCCAUCCCUUCCCUCACAAGCGUCAAUAAAGCCAGCAACCGCUUUUGAUUAUCAACAUGGUGCAAACCGCACAAAGGCACCCUUGAUUCAAGAUUAUCAUCAUGGCCAAACACCUGUUGGGCCACAAGCUGCUCUACCCGCAAUUGAACUACCUGACCUUAGCAAACCACCACCAGGAUUUCCAAGUAUACCUCAAAAUCCAGGUCCUAAGACUGCAGCUGCCGCACCACCACCAUUCGGUCCUGAUUCAGCACUGAUUCCAACUGUUCCCUAUCAUGAGUUGCCAGCUGGCCUUAUGGUACCGUUAAUACAGUUGGAAGACAGUGAAUAUAGCCCUUUAGACCCAUCAGCUAUUAGAUUACCACCACCUGUACCUCCAAGUGAAAAGUUAAUAGCUGCUAUAGAAGCUUAUUACGCUCCUCCUAACCACGAUAAACCUCGGGAUAGUGAUGGAUGGGAAAAGUUAGGCCUUUACGAAUUUUACAAGUCAAAGAAAAAUGCCCGAGAGGCUCAGGGUUUUGACGUUUCAUCAAAUGGUCAGCGCUCAAAUUCACAUUCACCAAAAAGGUUAAGAUAUAGAUCCAGAUCUCGCACUCCCAAACAUCGAUUCAGAUCUCCCACACGCAGUAGGACAUCUUCAGAAUCUCCAGAAUAUGUGAAGUCAAGAUCUCGGUCUCCUGCUGCAAAGAGAUCUAGAAGUCGAAGCGUUACGCCUCCGUGGAAAGUAGCAGUUAGCUCAGCAUCUGCGGAUCGUCGGCUGGAGGAUAACAAUCGUGGUUUCAAUCUGAUGAGAAAGAUGGGCUGGUCUGGAGAACGGGGGCUUGGUGUCUCAGAACAAGGUAUCACAGAUCCCUUAGAAGGUGGCGAAGUCAGGGAUAGAAAUGAUUUAUAUAAAGGGGUUGGCGUCCCGACUCGUUCGUCAGAUCCUUUUGAAGCUUUUCGAAAAAACCGUAGUAGUAGAUAUUCACAAAGCUUCAAGGAAAAACGUGCAGCAAGAAAAGCAGAGACUGGUAUGGACUAA